CACCCGGUGAACUCAAGUUGGAAGAAUGCACACUGUGAGGAGUGUACCUGUGGAGAAACUGAAAUGAGCUGCUGCAGCAUAGCUUCUAAGCCUUCGAUGUAUGACAAAAAGAAGUGCCAAGUCAUCUUUCACAAGAAGAACUGCACCUACACUGUUGUGGAGCACAACAAUCCAGGAAAAGCCUGUGUGGUUCAGAAAUGGAUAUUGUAG